AUGGCGACUUCCAACGAACACGAGGAUUCGCCUGAACAAGAGGAGAUUGCAGAAGAACCCAAAGCACCAAAGAUACGAGAGACACCAGAGGACAUCAAACAAGAGGCGAUUGUCAACACACUUGCAUUUCAUCCCAACCAAGACAUCCUUGCAGCUGGAGAUAUAGAUGGAGAUAUAUAUCUAUAUUCAUACUCAUGCACCGAAGGAGAAAACAAGGAGCUCUGGUCAUCAGGACAUCAUCUCAAGUCCUGCAGGAAAGUGGUCUUCUCCAGUGAUGGACAGAAAUUGUUCAGUGUGUCUAAAGACAAGGCUAUUCACAUCAUGGAUGUGGAGGCUGGAAAACUGGUGACACGCAUCCCGAAAGCUCACAAGGUGCCCAUCAAUGCUCUGCUGGUGGUCGAUGAGAAUGUGUUUGCGACAGGAGAUGAUGAGGGCAUGUUAAAGGUUUGGGACAUGAGGAAAGGAACAUCGUUCAUGGAUCUGAAGCAUCAUGAGGAUUAUAUCAGUGAGAUUACUGUUGACCAGGCCAAGAGAACAUUACUUACUUCCAGUGGUGAUGGAACUAUGGGUGUAUUCAAUAUAAAGAGACGAAGAUUUGAAUUUCUUUCUGAAUUCCAAAGUGGAGAUCUCACCUCUGUUUCCAUAAUGAAGCGAGGCCGUAAAGUUGUCUGUGGUUCCAGUGAGGGCACAAUAUACAUUUUCAACUGGAAUGGAUUUGGUGCCACCAGUGAUCGUUUUGCACUUCAGGCGGAAUCUGUGGAUUGUAUCGUCCCCAUUACAGACAGUAUACUGUGUGCUGCCUCUAUGGAUGGAGUAAUCAGGGCGAUAAGUAUCUUACCAAACCGUGUAGUUGGCAGUAUCGGACAACACGUCGGAGAGCCCAUUGAGGAGAUUGCCCGCUCUAGAGACACACGUUUUCUGGCUAGCUGUGCUCAUGACCAGCUGAUCAAGUUCUGGGACAUCUCCAGCAUUCCUGAUAUGAAAGUGAAUGAUUAUCGACGGAGAAAGAAAAAAGAUGGAUUCCUCAAAGCUCUAAGUAAUAAGGCAUUUGAUACAGGACAAAAUUUCUUUGCUGGUCUUUUGGACACAAAUGAACAAAAAGGGAAAGGAGAGGAGGAGGAGGAGCGACGACGACGACUGCGGUGACAGCGACAGUGGAAGUGACUGAAAACAAUUGUUGAUGACUGUGUACUUUUAUUGCGAUAUUGUUUUGCAAUGUUGCCAUUUGUCAUGUAUAUUUAAUGUCAAAGUUCAGAUCAGUUUCUCAUAAACCUUUAAGAACCAGGAUUGACAAGUUUUAUAAAAGCAUACAAGAUCUGGUGAAACUUUUAUUCACAAAUUACAGUCCACCUUUUCGUGCAGUAGCUUUAGAAAGGUGUGGCAGUGGCACAGGAUAGAAGCUGAUUGGCUAAGUAGGCUGACUUUACUAGACUGAAAUGCCCUGUCAUGUUGAGGCAAGGAAAAGAAAGCCACACCAUCAUUGUCAAUCAUUAGAGUUUGUCUAUUCUUGAUCUCUUCUGUCAAAAGAACAAGGAAGGCCUUGGCAACAUAAUCUGCCCGGUAAAUAAAAAUGCAAUGACAUGAGUAUGCAAGACUCAUCACAAAGCUUCAUUCCUACUAUGCAGUGCAUUGUCAUGUCCCCAUCAUCAUAUUCACUGAUC